AUGCUGACGGCCUGUGGUAUGGAUGAAUUGGACUCCUCGGGCAUCAGGUUUACGUGGGCAGGUAGAAGAUGGGAUAAGUGGAUCCAGUGCUGUCUGGACAGGGCUUUCGGGAAUAAGGAAUGGAUGAGAGCGUUUCCAAAUUCUCAUCAAAGUUUCAUGGAAAAGCGAGGUUCGGAUCACAGGCCGGUUUUGGUGACGUUCCAAGCCACUCAUGUGUUAAACAAGGGCCUCUUCCGGUUUGACAAAAAACUUUUGCUUCACCCUGAAGUAAAACAGAAAGUCAUCGAGGCGUGGAGGGGUGCUCCACCGGGGAGUGCAAAUAGAUCUGUGGUGAAAAGAUUAAGAGACUGUAGGGGAGCUAUGAGCCAGUGGAAGAAAGGGAGGCUUUUCAUCACCAGGGAUAGAAUCCAUUUAUUGGAGCAGAGACUAGAAUGGUUCCAAUUUAGGAACUAUCCUUGCUGGCACGCCAUUAGAGUGAUGAAGAAGGAGCUUGGUAAGGCCUACAGGGAAGAAGAAAUUCAUUGGCAGCAAAGAAGUAUGGAAAAAUGGCUAAAAUAUGGAGACUGGAACUCUAAGUUUUUCCAUGAAUCAGUGAAAGCGAACAGAAAGAAGCGAAGACUGGUGAAGAUCAGAGAUGCCAAUGGGGUAGAACAAUGGUCGGGAGUGGCUAAAGCUCAAGUGGCGGUGGACUAUUUUACCAAUCUUUUCAAGUCUUCUAACCCUACGAGCUUCCAGCCAUGGUUCCAUGACAUGAGGCCCAAAGUCACGGAAGAUAUGAAUCGAUCGCUGCUCUGCGAGAUCACAGAUGAGGAAAUCACCGGUGCAGUUUUCAUCAUCAAAGCCUCUAGCGCACCUGGUCCGGAUGGCAUGACAGGUCUCUUCUUUCAACAUUAUUGGAAGGAGAUUGGUCCCAAGGUCUCGAUUGAAGUGAAAAAAUUCUUUAGAACUGGGGUUAUGCCUUCCGAGUGGAAUGUUACUUACCUUUGUCUGUUGCCUAAGGUACAAGAACCUGAUACCAUGAGUGAUCUCAGACCAAUUAGCCUAUGUUCGGUUCUGUAUAAGGUCAUUUCCAAGAUCUUGGCGGUUCACGCUCUGAGAGUUCAUCCGGAGAUAAUGAAGGAGUAUAUGGUUGUGAAGACUGACAUAUCAAAGGCUUAUGACAAGGUGGAAUGGAGUUAUCUAAGGAGUUUGUUGGAAGCCUUAGGCUUUGAUGUUAGAUGGGUAAAUCAGGGGUUUGCCUGUGUAUCUUCGGUCUCUUUCGCGGUUCUCAUGAACGACCAACCCUUCGGUAGGAUUUUGCCGCAACGAGGUCUUCGACAGGGAGACCCCCUUUCUCCAUUUUUCUUCGUCUUAUGCACGGAAGGGCUCACUCAUCUACUAAACAGGGCUGAAAGGCACGGGACAAUUCAUGGUCUGAAGUUCGUGGAGACGGGGCCUGAAGUUCACCACCUUUUAUUGGCAGAUGACAGUCUAUUUGUGUGCAAAGCGUCAUUAAGCGAAGCGGCCGCACUGAAGGAGGUUCUAAUGGUUUAUGGGAGUGCUACAGGCCAGACAAUCAACGCUCAAAAAUCAGCAAUUUCCUUUGGUUCUAAACUGGAUGUCGAGGCCAAGAGGGAGAUCCAAGACUUGUUGGCAAUCUUCAAUGAAGGAGGUGAAAGUAAAUACUUGGGGCUGCCAGAGUGCUUUAGUGGAUCCAAAAUAGAGCUGUUGAGUUACCUUAAAGGGAAGGUCCAUGGCAGGCUAAAUGCGUGGUACUUACGUAACCUUUUUCAGGGGGGGAAAGAAAUUCUCUUAAAAACGUCGGCCUCAGCUCUGCCUGUGUAUGCGAUGUCUGUCUUUAAGCUCCCUAAAACCAUCUGUGACAAUAUUUCCAGCGCGAUGGCUAAUUUCUGGUGGGGUUCAGAUGCUCACAAGAAAAAAAUACAUUGGAUUGCUUGGGAUAAAUUUUGCUUGCCUAAAGACAUAGGUGGAAUGGGAUUCAGAGAUCUGGAAGCCUUUAAUCAUGCUCUAUUGGCGAAACAGGCUUGGAAAGUUUUUUCCUCCCCGGAAUGUCUUUUAGCUCGUCUCCUCAAAAGUAGGUACUUUCCCAAGUCUACUUUUUUGGAAGCCAGGAUGCUAGCGCAACAAAUACAGAAUGGGGUGGCGGCUACUGAGGUAGUUGGAACAGGAGUGAAACGCCGAACUAGUCAAGGUCUGGUAAGGGAAGGUUGGGUUCAGUGUAACUUUGAAUUUGAUUGGACUAAGAAGAGUGAUGUCAUGGGUGCGGCAUGGAUGGUGAAGAAUGACAGAGGUAUGGUUCUUGAGCAUAGUAGGAGAGCUUUUGUGGGUGUGUUGUCCCUCAAUCAAGCUAAACUCAAGGUGUGGCUGUGGGUGUUGGAAAGCAUGAGAAGUUUGAGAAAGAAGAAGGUUGUCUUUGUCUCAACAGCGGAAGAUAUUGUUGAGGCGAUUGAGAGACCUACAUUGUCGCCGGCGCUCCAAUAUGAGGCCGAAGAGAUCAAAAGUGGGUUGAAGGCUUUCGAAGCAUGGGAAUUAAGGAUUGGAGGUCUAGAAGCGGUUAGAAGUGUAUCUUUCAUUGCGAAAAGUGUGCGUAGCUUAGGAAUGAUGCAGUCAGAUGACAUACCAAAACAAGGUGGAAAUUAUGCUUUUGUGACUGAAGGUUUUUCUUGUUGGAAAAAAUCCGAGGCUUUAUCUGAGCAUGUAGGUGGAAUUAAUAGCUUUCAUAAUAUUGUUGUUAAGAGAUGUGAUGAUUUGAUGAAUCAAGGAUUACCUUUUCGCGGUCAUGAUGAAGGAAAAGAUUCUGCUAAUAAAGGAAACUUUGUAGAGCUCUUGAAGUAUACCGGAGAACAAAAUGACGCUGUAAAAGUACUGAAAUCUAUCAUGGAAGAAAUCGAUCAUGGAGUGUUCGGUUUGCUGGUCAAUGAGUCUGCAGAUGUUUCUAACAAAGACCAAAUGGCUGUUGUCUUUCGGUUUGUUGAUAAAAGUGGAUUAGUUAAAGAGAGAUUUGUGGGAGUUACUCAUGUAAAAGAAAUGUCUUCUUUAUCUUUGAAAUCUGUAGUUGAUGACUUGUUUGCAAAACAUGGGUUGAGCAUGAAACAGUUGAGAGGACAAGGUUAUGAUGGAGCAAUUGUGGCUUCUUGCAAGAGGAAAGAUACACUUCUUGAUAUGAAUCGGAAGAGGGUGGAGGAAGGGAUUGACAGUGGUGACAUUAACACUGGAACGGGACAAAAUCAAGAGAUUUCUCUUCCAAGGCCUGGAAAUACUCGUUGGGGUUCUCACUAUAAAACUUUGCUGCGUCGGGUUGAGUUGUUUCCUUCAGUCAUUGAAAUCCUUGAAAAGCUUAAUGAUCGAUUUACUGAGGUAAACACUGAUUUGUUUAUUUGCAUGGCUUCUUUAAGUCCUGCUAAUUCCUUCCGUGAGUUUGAUAAGUCAAAGCUGUUGAGAUUGGUUAAGUUCUAUCCUGAUGAUUUUAGUUUUGGAGAGUGUCUAUCUAUGGAACACCAACUUGGAAUCUACAUUGACAAUAUAAGAAACGAUGAACAGUUUAAGAAUUUGAAGAAUCUUGGAGAUCUUUCUCGUCUGAUGGUGGAAACAAAAAAGCACCUUGUACAUCCUUUAGUUUAUAGGCUCUUGAAGUUGGUUUUAACAUUGCUUGUUGCUACUGCAAGUGUUGAAAGGUGCUUUUCUGCAAUGAAAUUAGUGAAGACAACUACACGCAACCGAAUUGGAGACGAGUUUCUAAGUGAUUGUUUAGUAUGUUAUAUUGAAAAGGAGUUGUUUGAAUCUGUUACAAACGAAACAGUGGUGAACCGAUUUCAAUCCAUGAGAGAGCUUAGGAUCCAUUUGUAA